AUGCCGGCCUGUGCUGGUGAAAAUGAACCAGUUCAGAAAUACGUUCAGGAAGUGAUCACUCGAGACAAAGCAGCUCAAAGUCUGCGACCCUCUUUAGGAAGCACUCAACGAAUCAUUCAGGAACUCCGUUCCUCCAAGCAAGUGAAAAGGAAGGAAAACCGUUACCGUGUAAUAGCCAGCCAUCGACCAAACUGUACUGAAACAGUUGCACCUCUCACAAAUGGCGAGGCAUCCAUUGAUGGUGACAGAUCAGACUCUGAAGCAGUGGAAGGCGCUUCACAAAAGGAGAGCGGUGCUGUUGAUAAGAGUUUGGACUGCUGUGGGAAGUUCCAGUUGUUUGAUAUUGAACAAGAAGAGGAGGUGGUGGGAGACUCCAGUGUAACUGCUGCAAACCCACAGCAGAAGACUGAUCCAGAUGUCAUUCUUUGCAAUGCAGUAGAGAUGAUCCGUGAGCGUUUAAAUGUUUCUGAAGAUGGUAAAAAAGAGCACCGUGAGAAAGAAGAUGAGUAUGUUUAUGACAUCUACUACAUGGAAACAUCAGCCCCUGGUUGGAUCCAAAAUAUCCUUUCUGUACAGCCCUACAGAGAAGAAUAUGAACUGGUAGAUGAUGAUCAUGUUCCAGGGGAAAUAUAUGAAGAUGAAGAUGAUGAAAAUGAUGAAAAUAACUGGCGUAAUGAUUAUCCUGAUGAAGAUGAAUUCUUACCUGAGGAAGAUGGUGAUGGAGAAAAAGAGUCUGAAGAGAGCUUCAGUGACGAGGACCAAUGUUACAGGAGAAGAACAUGGAACAAAUACCGACAGGAGGUUCUACAGGAAUUUGGAUAUGAUGAGAUCCAGGAUUUGGAUUCUGACUAAACAGCCCUUUUUUG